AUGGCUCUGCUGGGCUCCGGGGCGGCGGCCGAGGGCUCCUCGGCGGGCGGCGGCGGCCCGUCCUGCCCGCUGUGGACCGCGCUGUACGAUUACGAGGCGAACGGGGAGGACGAGCUGAGCCUGCGGCGGGGCGACGUGGUCGAGGUGCUGUCCAAGGAUGCGGCCGUCUCGGGGGACGAUGGCUGGUGGGCGGGCAAAAUCCGCCACCGCCUCGGCAUCUUCCCGGCCAACUAUGUGACUUACCAGCCGGGCCGGUACCCGCCCCAGCACCGCCAGCAGGAGAAGGGCGGGCGCCCGGCCCCGAGCCCGGCUCCGCAGGACUGGCGGGCCGGAGGCGGGGGAGACCAGCCAGGCUCCCUAGCCCAGAUUGACUUCCAGCAUCUGGAGCUGCAGGAGAUCAUUGGCGUGGGGGGCUUCGGCAAAGUGUAUCGGGCCACCUGGAGGGGCCAGGAAGUGGCGGUGAAAGCGGCCCGGCAGGACCCCGAUGAAGACAUCAUGGCCACAGCGGAGAGCGUGCGGCAGGAAGCCAAGCUGUUCUCCAUGUUGAAGCAUCCCAACAUCAUCGAGCUGCACGGAGUCUGCCUGCGGGAGCCCAACCUCUGCCUGGUGAUGGAGUUUGCGAGGGGAGGCUCCCUCAAUAGAGCCCUAGCAGGGGCAGCCACCACCGGCGGGGGAAGCCGUUGGGGCCGCCGCGUACCUCCGCACAUCCUGGUGAAUUGGGCAGUACAGAUAGCCCGCGGGAUGCUCUACCUGCACGAGGAAGCCAUCGUCCCCAUCCUACACCGAGACCUCAAAUCGAGCAAUAUUUUGUUACUUCAGAAGAUAGAACAUGAUGACAUUUGUAAUAAAACUUUGAAGAUUACAGACUUUGGCCUGGCUAGGGAAUGGCAUAGAACAACCAAAAUGAGUGCAGCAGGUACCUAUGCAUGGAUGGCACCUGAAGUUAUCAAGUCUUCCGUGUUUUCUAAAGGAAGUGAUAUCUGGAGUUACGGAGUGUUGCUGUGGGAACUGCUUACAGGAGAAAUUCCUUACCGUGGCAUUGAUGGUCUUGCUGUGGCUUACGGAGUAGCUGUCAAUAAGCUUACCUUGCCCAUUCCAUCCACCUGUCCUGAACCAUUUGCUAAACUAAUGAAAGAAUGCUGGGAGCAGGAUCCUCAUAUCCGACCAUCGUUUGCCUUAAUUCUUGAACAGCUUACUGCCAUUGAGGGGGCAGUUAUGACUGAGAUGCCUCAAGAAUCUUUCCACUCCAUGCAAGAUGACUGGAAAUUGGAAAUUCAGCAGAUAUUCAGUGAACUACGGACCAAGGAAAAAGAGCUGCGAUCACGGGAAGAAGAGCUGACAAGGGCUGCUCUUCAGCAGAAAUCUCAGGAAGAAUUACUAAAGCGACGUGAGCAGCAGUUAGCGGAACGCGAGAUUGAUGUACUGGAGCGUGAGCUGAAUAUUUUGAUAUUCCAGUUAAAUCAAGAGAAGCCCAAUGUGAAGAAGAGGAAGGGAAAGUUUAAAAGGAGCCGGUUAAAACUUAAAGAUGGACAUAGAAUUAGUUUGCCUUCAGAUUUCCAGCACAAAAUAACAGUGCAAGCUUCCCCUAAUUUGGAUAAACGAAGAAGCUUAAACAGUAACAGCUCUAGUCCACCAAAUAGCCCCACAAUAAUUCCUCGUCUUCGAGCUAUACAGCUGAUUUCCAAAGCAGACACAAAUACAGCCAAUGGCCGAAGAAACAGUGUAUAUGUGUACCAGCAAGAUGUAGAUAUCACAAGUGAAUAUGAACUUUCCGGUGGGGUUAUGAAAAAAGUAACCUCAGAUGAAAGCAACAGAACCUGGGGAAGAAGCACAGCUUGUCACCAAGAAGAAUUUGAAGACGUGAAGAAAAGCUUUAAAAAGAAAGGCUGCACAUGGGGACCAAGCUCAGUUCAAACAAAGGAGCGUGCAGAUUGUAAGGAGAGAAUAAGACCUCUCUCAGAUGGCAACAAUCCUUGGUCAACUAUUUUAAUGAAAAGUCAGAAAGGUGUUCCAUUAGCCUCCCUGUUUGUGGACCAAGAUGUUUGUACAGAGCAGAGACUUUUCCCUGAAGGCUUGGAUGCAAAAAGACCAAAGCAAAUGAAGUUGCCAAAUCAGGCUUAUAUUGAUCUACCUCUUUGGAAGGAUGAUCAGGGAGAAAACACUAUAGAACAUGAAAGCUUUGAAGAAGGAACCUCUGCUAGUUCUGCAAAUAGUACUCCACAAAUGACUCCUACAAACAGUCUCAAUAGAACACUGCAGAAAAAGAAAACUGACUCUAUAUUGUAUGGAUGUGCUGUUCUCCUUGCAUCUGUAGCUUUGGGCUUGGAUAUUAGAGAGCUAAACAAAUCACAGGUUCCAGACGAACUGUUGCCAAAGGAGGAGAAGAAGAAGCGGGACGGAAUAUUUCAGCGUGCUUCAAAGUUUCGCAGGAGUGCAAGUCCUACAAGAUUGCAGUCCAAAAAAGAGGAAACCCAUAUUCCAUCUCUAAGUCCAUCUGCAAAUACUGUGAAUCUUCUCUCUAUGCCUUCCCUUUCCACCAAAUGCUUGCUUCAGUCUGACAGUGAAGAUGCGUUUGUAAGCAUCACUCCCAGUGAUUGUGACACAGGCAUGCCCAUUGAGGCCUUUUCAUCUGAAACGUCGGCAACUAAGACGGGGGAACAAAGGGUAAAGCCGGUGCUUGACACUGAUCCUGCGAUGUUAAAGAAUCAGUCUCCUAUUCUUCCUCUGAAACAAGAAUCUGAAAAAGUGCCAGAUGACUCUUCAUCAAAAUUGAGACAAUUGGGUCACAGACGAACCAUGUCAGAUGGAAAUACUUUCCAGACUACAUCUAAUGGAAUCACUUCACCUAACGGAGUCUCUAUGUUGCCAGUUCUUACAGUUUCUGGGAUUCUGCAAUCUACAUCUGUUCAGCAAAGAAGCAUGCACCAUGACCCGUCACCUGAAAAGCAAAGAGCUGUCAAUAUUAUAUCAAGGCCUCGACCUUCUUCUCUAAGAAGCAGAAUAGAUCCAUGGCAAGUUCUUCCACAAAGUAUAAAGCCAGACUCUACAGAAGUGGACUAUUUAGAGAGUUAUGUAGGUCCCAAUGUUAACUUUGUACCAGAUACUGAGGCGAGAACUAAAUCCCACAUUCCCUCAUUACUUGAUAUUGAUGUGGAAGGUCAAAACAGAGACUGCACAGUGCCUUUGUGUAGAAUGAAGAACAAAACUUGUCGGCCAUCUAUAUAUGAACUGGAGAGAGAAUUUUUGUCUUAA